AUGUGGGCAGCGGGUGUAGCUGUACAGGAAUGUCGGGAGAGGUGGGGUGCAUCACAGAGAUGCCGAGGAUUUUGUAAUUGGCGGUACAUGGUGCUUAGGACAGGCAGCGUGGAAAUGCCGGGAGCUGGUGUAACAGUACAGGAAUGUCAGAAGAAGAUGUUGGGAGCAGGUGUAGGUGACAGGAUUCUAACGGACCGGUUUGCGCAUACGGACAAGUCCCCGGAUGAGGAAUGUCAGGAACUGUACGAGUAUUGUGGCGGCACGUUCAAGGGCAUUGAGAAUAACUUGGACUACAUCACCGGUCUUGGGGCAAAUGCUAUUUGGAUAUCACCAUUUAUUGAAAACACAGAACUUGGUUUCCAUGGUUACUGGCCAAAAAAUAUCUACGAGACAAACCCUCAUUUUGGCAGUAAACAGGAUCUCAAAGACCUGAUAGCAGCGUGUCAGAGUAGAGACGUGUGGGUCAUGGCGGACUUAGUACUGAAUCACAUGGGAUAUCCUGACGGCUGUCACUGGAGUGGAUGUCCUAUAGAUAAUGCAAAUAACUUCACUGGAUUUGUCCCGUUUAACGACGAAGCUGACUAUCACACCUACUGUGAUAUCGAUUGGAGCAACGAACAACAAGAAAAUGUUGAGAUAUGUCGAUUGGCUUACCUCCCUGAUCUGAAUCAGACAGUCGCGUCCGUGCGCGAGACUUUGUUGAACUGGGUUCGUGAAUUCAACGCGGAGUAUGGUUUCGAUGGAUAUCGACUGGAUUUUGUCAAAGGGGUAUCCAAAGAUUUCUUGGCAGAGGUCGAUGAAGCUAGUGAUUCUUUCACACUGGGUGAGGCAUAUGAUGGGAGAACUGAUUAUGUAGCCAGUUACCAAGGUUACUUAGAUUCGUUACUUUCAUUUCCGAUGUACUUUACGUUAGAGGAUGUCUUCCAGACCUUUCCACUGGGAAAAUUAACACAGAUCCAUGACCAGCUUUUGCGGGAGGCCGACGAAUAUCAGGACACGUCAGUUCUUGGUGGUUUCCUUGACAAUCAUGACCGAAAACGAUUCCUGGCUAACAAUGGUAACUUAGCAACACUGCGGAGUGCGUUAGCUUACCUGUUGAUGGCUAAAUGGAUUCCCAUCAUAUAUUAUGGAACAGAGGUUGGUUUUGAUGGCGGCAAUGAUCCACAGAAUCGCGAGUCUCUUUGGCCUCAUUAUAACACCAGCCAUGAACUAUAUCAGUUUAUUGCUGACGUGAAUACGUUUAGUCGCAGUCUGGGUCAGAAUUUCAUUGACAGCGACCAGACUGAAACAACCUAUGACGAUGAGUUCUAUUCGUUCACUAGACUGGAUACGCUGGUGGCGUUAUCCAACAAAGGUAGUCAGACAGUCGUAGAGCGUACUGUUACCGGCCAUGGAUUCAGCAAUGGAGAUGUAUUAACAAACUUACUGGAUCAUUCUGACCAAGUUACUGUAGAAAACGAUGAAGUACGCGUGACUCUCUCGAAUGGAGAACCGAAAAUAUAUUACAACGGGGAGCUGUCCGGUGCCCAAAUGUCGAAGUCUCUACGAAUGAUUGUUUAUAUGACGUCGCUGUGUCUUACCAGUUUCAUAUUAUAG